AUGGCCAUAACUAGUCUGCAGAUAGACCUCCUCAUCUGUGAACUGUCCUGCCACCUAGACAAGGACGUCGCUACCAACGAAGCCACCCUCAAGUCGACCCUACACCAGCAGGAUUUCGUCAAGAUUUCGUCCUUCACCCAGUCCUCCAGCCACCACGCAUUCACCACCUCCUGCAACAAACAACUCCGGAAAUUCCAGCGCCUUUCCCAUCGGAAGAUGGGAUCCCCUAUAUCCCGACGGCAAACACCACAAGCGUCCCUCCCAGCCCACCUCCGCAGCCAGAGUGAAUUCCAAAGACACACCGUCGUGAACCUCAGCCAAUGCACCCAGUCAACCACUGAGACAGAUGUCCUGUCCCUAGAUAUGAACUUCACCACCCCACCACGCGCCAUCCCCCUAGCCGACAUCAUCCAAGCCAUGGAACCUGUUACACAGAAGCUCGACAAGACCACAGCCGAUAACAUCCAAGUCAAGAUCCACCAAGCACUCCUACACACCAAACCGGUCAAUCCCAACCUCACCAUACCCGAAGUUGAAGCCCUCCAUGAUCUCUGCAGCGACAAGUCCAUACACAUCAUCACAGGCGACAAGGGCAAUGCCACCGUGGUCAUGGACCGUGCGGCUUACCCCAACAAAGUACAAGACACCCUCACAUCCGGCAUCUACUGCCCCUUACCCAAGGACCGCACUCAAGCCAUCAAGAAACGCAUCGCCAGCCACCUCCUCGCCCUCCACUGCUCCGACUCCAUCCCAGCAGACCUGUACUAUCGCCUCCGCCCGUCGGCAUCUACCUGUCCAAGAUUCUUUGGUCAACCUAAGAUCCACAAGCCGGACAUCCCCCUGCACCCCAUUUUGUCUUCAAGGGGCUCACUGAUGUUCGAGACCACCCGCUUCGUGACCGGCAUCCUCCAGCCCCUGGUCAGCAACACACCACACCAUAUCUCCAAAUCCACCCAGUUUGUUGAGCUCACAAGAAACCUAUCACUCCAGCCAGUCAUGAUUGCCAACCUCAUCCACCUCUGCGUUUCUUCCAGCUACUUCAAGUUCCAAGACAAGUUUUACGAGCAGACAGCUGGGACCUUCAUGGGAUCCCCUAUAUCCCCGGUCCUUGCUAACAUUUCCAUGGAAGAAUUUGAAACAUCGUCUGUCCUCACCAACAACCUCAAAUCCACCAUUUGGCUGCGCUAUGUUGACAACACAUUCGUCAUAUGGCCUGAUGGUCAAGAUCACCUCCAAGAAUUCCUUGACUACCUCAACAAACAAUGCCCCACUAUCAAGUUCACCAUGGAACAAGAACAAAACAGACACCUCUCCUUCUUAGAUGUUCAACUGUCCAGAAACCCAGACGGCACCCUCAUCCACCGUGUCCACCGUAAGCCCACCCAAACCGACCGGUACCUGCACCAGAUAUCUUUCUACCACCCAGCCAUCAAGACCUCAGUCAACUGCACCCUGAUCCGCAGAGCCUACGAGAUCUGCCACCAGAACAACCUACACCAAGAACUCCACCACAUCAAGCCCUCCCCCAGGACAUUACGGUCUCCUAUCUCCGGAGUCCCCCCCAUACCCCGUGGCAUUAUGGUCACCUAUACCCAAAGUCCCCCGAACCCCCACCGCCACAGUAUGCUUUACCGUACCUGGGCCCCACCUCCCACCAACUCCGGAGCAUCCUGCAGUCAGUCAACAUCAAAGAACCUCCCCACCAGACUCCAAGAACACCACUGGCACGGCCAACGAGAAUAUGACAAGUCGGCCGUCAUCAAACAUGCACAUUCCAUGGACCACCACAUCGAACGGGACAAAGCAGAACUUAUCACCCCCAUCCAGAACUGGCUCCUAAGGAGAAUCCGAGAAGCCAUCCAGAUUUUCUGGCACAAUAUUGUACCCAAGACGUUGGUUUCAAGCUCAGCGACAUCUGGUUCCCACUACUAG